CGUCUCAUGAAAAAUGCAGUACAAUCUAUCGUUCCUCGAACUUGUCCUUACUCCUUUCUCUUCAAAUCAAUCUGCAGCCAAGUAGGGGAGAUGGAAGCAGCCUUUCCAUCCUUACCGACCUGAGCCUGCCACUCACUCACCGCGACACCACCGUAGCUGCCAGCCCCAGAAGCAAGAAAGUUAGCCGUGGCUUCACCAGAAAAGAGCGAGCGGGCCUUGUUAACAGAAGGAGCGUCCACGCCGAGCGCCACACGGAACGCAACCUUAUCACCUCCCUCCGAGAUAAUCGACGGGGUAAGACGAGACCCCGGCCUGUAAAACGCCGAGGAUUUCUGGAAAUCGGUGCCAUUGCUGAUGAACGACUUGACCAGCAGCCCCGGUGCAGCGCCUUCUGUCUUGUUGAUGCACAGGACGACGGAGGAGUUGAGGCCCUCGACCGUGGAGACGUAGGUUCCGGCGAAGUUGGCUUCAGCUUCUUUGGCCGCUUGUUCUUCCAGCGCGGGCAGCAUCGUGUUCGCGAUGACGUCGCCUAGCGCUCCUACGACGGCGAGUUUGCGCACAUCCGCGGUCGCGGCGAGGACGCUGAAGCCGACGUUGUAGUCGGGAAUUAGGACUAGGAAACUGCCGGCUGUGCCCGAAUCGCCGGCUUUGGUGUACAUGUCGGUGAUGGCGCCGGAUGUGUGGACGUAGCGGAGGAUUUCCCAGGGACGGCCCAUGGCGUACUCGAAGCGGCCGGUGUGGGACGAGGGCUUCAUCCACUUGCGGGUGGCAUGUUUGGGCAUAAGCGUCGAGUUCAAAACGCCUGUGCCAAACUUUGUGAGGUCGUUGAUGGUGCUGAGGAGGCCGCCUGAUCCUUCGAAGGCUUCGCCGCCGGCAAUGUUCCAAAGUUCGUCGCUUAGGAUGACGCUGCGUUUUGUUUCGGAAUCGGGAACGAUGUUGUAGAAGGAUGAGGACAUCUUGAGGGGCUUCAAGACGCUUUCUUCGCUUAGAGCGGAGAGCCUUUUGCCGGUGAUGGCGUGAAUCGCGUUUGUGAGAAGAAUGAAUCCGUUGUUCGAGUACAGCGUUUGAACCCAUGGCUCAAAGAAAGAUACUCUCCGCAUCGACUUUAUGCGUUCCAUUAGUCUGAGCAAGCCAAGGAGCCGAAUAAUGAAACUGCAUCUUGGACACGGACGGAUCGUUC